AACUAAAAUCAAUUUAGUGUGGUGAAUUUAGAAGCCAGAACGCCCAGAAAGUUCAAGAUCAAACUAUCGCCCACCUCUAAUUCGAUCUGUUUACGCGCUUGCUUGCACUUGUGUGUGUGUGUGUGUGUGUGUGUGGGAUGAGAGGAAAAUGAAAAGGGCGCCAACAAGAAGAGGAGAAAGAGCGCAAAAAUCACAGAGACAAAAGCAGCAAACCAACAAAAGAAAACGCCAUCGCCAAAACGUGCAUUGUUAACUUGUUAAUUGUUUGCAUAUUGCAGCCAAAAAUAAUAAUUAUCAAAGGAAAAAAACAAAAACAAACAAAUCAAUAAGAAUUAAUUAAAGAAUUGGAAAAUUGUGCAGCUGAUCGAAAUCGGUGCCGUCAUGGCGAAUAAGAGACUCAGCCUGCUGCUGGAAUGUGAUCAGCUGCUGGAAUGUGAUCAGCUGCUGGAAGUGGAUCAUGUCAGUCAGAGUCCACAUGCCGCUAAGCGUUACAAAUCAAUGUUGCUGCAACAACAGCACGCCUCUCCCAUAUCCGAACUAUCGCACACAAUGCGCAACACAAUCCUCAACGGUGCCACUCCAAAAUCGAGCAAGUUGCUCACGUACAGCAACAGCAUCUCUUCCAGUUAUGCGUCCAGUGCCUCAUUGGAUGAUGAAUAUAUGGCGAUGUUUGAGCUGGAAGAAGAAGCGCUGCCGCCUUCAUCAUCAUCACUGGAUAAGUUGCCCUCCGAUCUGGAUGCACUGAUCACUGGCCAGCUGAAGACAAGUCCGGUGCGUCGUUGUCUCAGCAUGGAGGAGUUAAAUGCCACGCCCAAACUAAAGAAGACGGUGUCCAUGAACGAUGCGGAUAUACUCAAUGCAUUGGACGAUGAGCCGCAAUUGAUUGGGGAUCUCAGCAAGCCGUGCACAUUGCCCGUCCUACACAGUGGGAUGCGGCACAGUGAUCUGAAGACGAUUUCCUCUGAUACACUUGCUCGCCUGUUGCGCGGUGAAUUCCCCGAGCUGUUGGAGAAUAAUUAUCAGAUUAUCGAUUGUCGCUAUCCGUAUGAGUUCGAUGGCGGCCAUAUACGUGGCGCCCUCAAUCUGUAUACGCGCGACCAGAUCAUGGCUGCCUUUCCGGCGGAAGCAUCCGCUGCGGAUCAUCGUCGCAUCUAUGUGUUCCACUGUGAAUUCUCGUCGGAACGUGGUCCGAAAAUGAUGCGUUUCCUGCGCGGCAAUGAUCGCAGUGUGCAUACGCAUAACUAUCCAACGUUGGACUAUCCGGAGCUGUAUCUGCUCCACAAUGGCUACAAGGAGUUCCAUGGCCGUUACACGGAUCUCUGUGAUCCGAGCAGUUAUGUGCCCAUGCUGGCACCCGCCUACAAUGAGGAAUACCGUCUGUUUCGUGCCAAGACCAAGUCAUGGAAUUGUGGCGAGAGCGAUGGCGGCGACAGAUGCAUCGAUGGCUCCUUGGGACGUUCACGCAUCCUGCGCAAAUCCCGUUCCCGUCUGCUCUAUGCCGAGUGAAAUUUUGGGGGCGUGAUCACUAGUUUAAAAAAAAAAUGUGUUAAAUGUUCAAACAAAUUGGACGCGAAUUUUUUUAGUUUCGUUUUGUUGCGUUGCCGUCCAAUUUUCAUUUAUUUGUUUAACUUAAUUUUACGUUAUUGAUUCAUUGAUUCGUCGUUUUGUUCAGACAAGUUCCAUUUAAUUGUUUGCCACAAAAUGUUUUCUAGUCAGUGCAACGAAAAAUUCAUAGUUUCCCAUUUCUUUUUUUUUGAGCCUAUUUUAUUUAA